AUGAGAAAAACAGCUUUUGUGGAGUGUGAGUCUGACACGGUGCUUCACUCUGAGGCGUCCACCGAGUAUGAGCCUCUGGCAUCAGGAAAAGGAAGCAUAGGUGCAAGGUUGGAGCUUCAGGCCACAGCAGGUGGCUCCCUGCUGCUGUGCACUGCUCAGCUGGGUGUGGGCUGUGGGCUGGUUCUGCGCCAGGGACAGGGAUGGGCAGCAGCAGACUGCAGGUUGCUCACCUGGCUCUGCUAUGAUGCCUUGGUGCACUUCACACGGAAAGAAUAUGGCAAAUCUGAUGCAAGAUGCCUUAAUUCUGACCCAUCAAUCAUUGUGUCUUUGGAAAUUACAACUGUUAUCCUGGAUGGGUCUCUGGUAUUGGUCCUCAUUCACACCAUAGUCAAAGAGAAAUGUUACUGGCAUUUUAUACAGAUUAUUCUCUCUGUAUGUGAAUUGUAUGGUGGGUGGAUGACCUCCUUCCUGGACUGGCUUAUGUGAAGCCCUGACUUCAACAAAAAUUGGCUUUACUUUUGGGUCUAUUUGGUAUUUUUCAAUAGUACGUGAGUUCUGAUCCCAGGGGCUGUUAGUGUGCAGUUAAGGGUAGAACUCAAGAAAAUGUAUCACAAAGGAACCAACUUAAGGAAAAAGCUCCAGCUUUGGUAA